AUGGCGUCGAGCGCGCGCGCGCGGUCGGCGGACGCGGCGAGCGCGACGACGCCGACGACGGCGGACGCGACGUCGACGAUGUUUGAUUUGGGGAAAUUCGGCGCGCGAGGCGCGGACGCGCGUGCGACGCGCGGGACGGCCGUUUCGGCGGCGCGAGGCGCGGGUGGUGGUGACGACGCGGUCGACGCGUCGGGCGCGGGGGACGCGCGGGCGCGGGCGCGCGCGACGCGGGCGACGGGGGGGGGGAAAGAGGACGGGUUGUUGGAGGAGACGGGGCGGGGGACGCUGAACCCGUUCGAUAUGGACGGCUCGGAGCGGGAGACGGUUCGAUUGAAACCCGGGAUGACGCGGGGGCAGUUUGCGUUGUUGCUGGCGAGCGAGUGCGCGCUGGCGGUGGGACUGUUUGCGCUUUACACGAUGAUUGGAUUCGGGGACGACGUGUACUCGGAACUGGCGAACGACGGUAAUUGGCGUUUGUCGUGGGCCAUCGCGGGUGGAAGCAUGGCGCUUUUCGCUGUGCUGUGGAUUUUGGAUGCGAUGGAGGCGGCUAGAUCGCGAGGGCGCGCGAUCCGGAGGACGGUGACGUUUCUUUUCGCGAGCGUCGGCGUCGGAGGAUUGGUCGUGAGCGGGAUGCUGAGCGUGAAGGAGUACGAGACUUUGCCGCUGUCGUUCUACGUGCUCUUCAAGGCUGGGCUCAUUCGCGUGUUCAAGGGAACAGUGUGCAAGCGAACGCACAACGGGUCGUUUUUACGACACGUGGCGUACGCGAGCUACUUCGUCAGCUUCGCCUCGUUGACCGCUUGGAUCGUGUGGGUCUUCGGGUGGGACAAAAAGUGGAGCAAGCGAUUAUUCGAUGAGUUCUCUUUGCGACUCGGUUGCGACACGACGAGCACGAAUGGCUCGUCGAACGCUGGCGACGGCGAGGCGGGUGGUUGUGACAACGUGGCGUACAUCAUGUACGCCGCGCCACUCGCGGUGUCGGCUUUGAACCUCGUCUACGGGCUCUCCUGCACCAAAUUAUCAAAGCAAUCCAGCGCGUUGCAAUUGAUCGCGAUUCUCGCCGUGCUGGUCGCUUUCGGGACGUGGGUCAGCGUCUCUCUUUCCGCUAUCGAAAUGGGCGUCGCGAACGACGUCAUUCAGCUCGCGGUAGUGUUUUGCGCCAUCUUCGGCGUCGCGUGUCUCAUCACCGCCGGGCCUCACCGCAUUUACCGACAAUUGAACUCUUAUCAACUGACGAAGAAGGUCGUGGGUUACACGCAGACCGAUUUGGCGAAAGCUCUUCUAUUUUGUUGCACGAUGACGUUAUUGCCGUUUACUCUGGCGAUAUCAGCCGUCAGCGCGGCUGCACGGCGCGUCGGUCUCACCUUGCAUAAACCGCCGCCGGACGCGCCGAAAGACGGAUUUCUCACGUACUCCACCUAUGCUCUGUUCGCGUGGUGGUUCGCGGAUCCAACCAAAAUUUUCAAAUACUCUGCCUACUUAUCCAUUUUUUAUUUCACCUUCUCCAUCGGAGUCGGCAAGGGCGCGAUUCUAUUUCUUGCAUGGUUGGUGGACGUGCUUGGAAGUUUGAACGAAUACGUCGUCAUCGGGGUUUUCAUCGCUAUAGGCGUGGGUAUGUUUUUGCUUCCACCAGUGCCUGGCCCGCCCAUUUACCUCACCGGAGGUAUUCUCGUCGUCGGCACGUGGGAACCGAAGAUUGGAUUCUGGCCCGCGGCGUUUUUGUGCUGCCUGGUGUGCUGGUUCACCAAGCUAUUUUCUUGCGCACUCCAGCAGAAGCUGAUUGGCGAACAAAUGGGCAAAAAACCCUCGAUUCGUUACGCGGUGGGUAUAAACUCGCUAAACAUGCGUGCGAUUCGAUACUGCUUGGAACAGAAAGGAUUCUCCAGAGCGAAGAUUGCUAUUUUAUGUGGCGGCCCUGACUGGCCGACGUCCGUGCUCUGCGGCAUUCUCAAGCUCGACUUGCUGCAGAUCAUGAUCGGUACUAUGCCUGUUUUGGUUCUUUACCUCGGCUACACCACCAUCGCAGGUGCGCUCCAACUAAAAGUUGGCUCUUGCGGAGGUGACGGCGCCGCUGCGAGCGACUCGAGUAGCUGGGGUUUGUUGAACUCGAUGUUUUUGGCUCUUGCGUUUGUGAGCAUGCUGUGCACGUCUCUUUCAGCGGUGUACUACAUGGAACAAACUGUUCUCACAAAGCGCGAAGAGCUGGAUGCGAUGCCUAUCGAUGAAGAGGUAGAAGAACUCGAACGACUUGAUCGAGCAAAAGAGGAAGCUUACGCAGCGGUUACCGACUGGAAUCACCUUUCGACUUUGUCCAAGGUUUCGAUUGUCGUCGCGGCUGUGUCGGGAGUUUUGAGCUGUCAACUUGGCGCCGUCCUUUCGCAACGCUCGUUCGAAUCGUUCUCUGUAUCGUGCCCGGUUGCGGUCAAAGAUGUGGUGAAGCCUACUGGUUGGGUGUCAGUCGGGUUAAUUGUGGUGUGCACGAUUUUCACGAGUAUUUUCAGAUCCAUCGCGAAAAAGAACGUGCGCUCUGUGCUCAACGUAACGCAAUCCGCGGCGCAAGCCACGGCGACUCGUCCGUGAGACCACACUGUAUUAUUUUGUACACCUACAGUAC